AUGUCGAGCGUCAAACGCUCGAGGUCUCGCGCGCUCGUCAGGGCUCGAAAGCGUUCGCGUCAGGCGUCGGUGAGAGACGACGCGACGACGCAGGGCGAACGCGCGGGAGCGUGGACGUCAACCGCGUCUCAUCGGACGCCCGACGCACCGUCGACGUCGACCGCGAUCGCGCUCCCAAGGACGUCGGCGCCGUGGUUCAGUCGAACGCUGGACGCGAGACGCGAGACGGCGUUUGAGCGGUACUACAAGCACCAAGGGAUUGUGAGCGAGAACGAGUGGGAGACGUUCUUGAAGUCGCUACGAACGCCGUUACCGGUGACAUUUAGGAUGAAUCGCAUGAAGUCGCGACGAGAGGACGUGAGAGAGGCGCUGAGCGCGGCGAAGGAAUUUUUGGAGAACGCGCGCGAGCUGCGAGACGACCGAGGACGAGUCAUCUCGCCGCCGACACGAUUACCUUGGUGCGACGGAUGGCAGCUCGGUACGGAUAAGAUCACGCUCAAAUUCACGCGAGAUAACCCGACGUUGAGGGCCAUCCAACGCUGGCUGGUGAAGUAUAACAAUACUGGGGUGCUCACGCGGCAGGCGGUGGACUCCAUGGUGCCAGCAGCAAUUUUGCAAGUGCAGAGCCACCACCGCGUGUUAGAUAUGUGCGCGUCUCCGGGAUCGAAGACCACACAAGCGCUGGAGGCGCUCAAUAUGGAUGCCGUGGACGGCAUAGUGAGCGGUUGCGUCGUCGCGAACGAUAUAAAUCCUGUUCGAUGUUACUACCUCGUGAGAAGAUGCGCCGCAUUGGGUAACGCAACGGCAAAUCUGAUGGUAACAACACACCAGGCGCAGUGGUAUCCAAACGUGAACGUUCCACUCGAGACCGAGGCGCCUGUAGAGAGUGGUGGACGAUAUCCCGAGGGUUCGUACGAUCGAAUUAUUUGCGAUGUCCCUUGCUCGGGUGACGGGACGCUCAGAAAAAAUCCACAAAUUUGGAGUGAGUGGCGCCCAGAGUUUGCCAUGGGUCUGCACAAACUCCAGCUCCGCAUCGCUCAGCGAGGUGCGGCCCUGCUGAAAGUUGGUGGAUACAUGGUAUAUAGCACUUGUUCGUUCAAUCCCGUGGAGAACGAGGCUGUUGUCGCGGAGUUAAUUAAGCGUUGUGGCGGCGCGCUCGAAAUCGUAGACGCCUCGGAUCGAGUCCCUGAGUUACUCCGUCGACCGGGCGUGUCGAAGUGGACCGUCAUGACGAUGGCAGAAGAAAACGUUGUAGAGUAUCCGACGUACGAGGACAGUCAGUCGGAGUCCGUACCGAUCGGAUUGAAGAGAAAGUUCGCAAAGUCCAUGUGGCCACCCGUCAUCCAAGGGGGCGGCUCUCGCAUGGGUGCACUCGGCAAGCGCAUAAAAUCGACCUCAUCAAUUCCGCUUGAGAGAUGUAUGAGACUCGUGCCUCAUCUGCAAGAUAUGGGUGGAUUUUUUGCAGUCCUCCUGAAAAAGAUUGCGCCAAUCCCGGGCCCCAAAGCGACGGGGUCGCCCACGGAAAAAGUUGACAAGACGUACAAUCGCCAACCGCCAAACCACGUGUACGCAAAAGUGUCGAGUGAACUGAUCGAUAGACUGGCGAACGAGUUCGGACUGGACGCUGGUUUCAAGAAAACAAUUGCACCGAAUUUGUUCGCCCGCUCUAGCAAAGAUCGUUCCAUCGUGUAUAUCGCAGACGGUGUCAAGAAGCACUGCAUAGAGUCGCGUGGAGCAGAGCGAAUGAAGUGCGUCUGGUCCGGCGUCAAAAUUUGGGAGAGGUCCGAACGUGAUGAUUUUUAUAUGCUCACUCAAGACGGUAUGCAUAUGAUCAAGUCGCACAUAUCUCGGCGAAAGAUAGAGUUGCCGCGAUCGGAGCUCAAGGUGGUACUGGAGACACUGGGGCGUGAAGUUCGUCUUGAGCAGUUAUCCCGCGAAUCGCGCAAAGUAAUCAGCGCAUUUUCUCCAGGAUCGCUCGUCGUAUCGCUCAAAGGAGGUAACGAAGGUUUGGCAUUACCAAUUGUGGUUAAUUAUACUGCCAACGGCGCUCUGAAGCUUAUCUGGCGAUUCAGGAAGGGGCUCGAGCAAGCGCCAAAGGCAAAAAUUCGAGCACUGCUGAGUGGGCUCGAGUGA